AUGUUAAAAUUGCUGUUUCGACUGGCCAGGAAAUUUAACCCUACCACUAUUUUUGUAGACAAAGUUGAUGCGUUGGUUCACCAGGAAGCUUCGAAAAGAUUCAAAAGUGAGCUACUAACGCAAAUAGAUGGUGUUCAGAACUGUCCUUCAAACGUGUUUGUACUUGAUAGUCCUAAUUCUCCCUGGAAUCUGGAUCCUGCGUUAUUGAGACGCUUUGAAAAACGAAUAUUGGUACCACCGCCAGAUGAAGCUUCGAGUCAAAAGCUUUUGAAAAAGUACUUAAGUCAUAAUGAUGUUCAAACGAAUGAGUUAGAGGAAUUGGCUAAGUUAACUGAUAAUUUUCCAGCGUGUGACAUUAAGGUGAUACAGUAG